GCACUGCCAUAUCGAGUUCACCGGUGACACCCUGAAGAUGCCAAUCUCCGAUGACCUCAUGGGCCGAGCCUUCAACGGCUCCGGCAAGCCCAUUGACAAGGGGCCUACCGUCCUGGCGGAGGACUUCCUGGACAUCAACGGAGCCCCGCUGAAUCCGAAGUCCCGGGUCUACCCCAAGGAGAUGAUUCAGACCGGAAUCAGUGCCAUCGACACCAUGAACUCCGUGGUGCGAGGGCAGAAGUUGCCCUUGUUCUCGGCGGCUGGUCUGCCGCACAACGAGAUUGCCGCCCAGGUGUGCCGACAGGCAUCGCUGGUCAAGGGAAAGGAUGUCAUGGACCACACCCAGGAGAACUUCAGCAUCGUUUUCGGUGCCAUGGGUGUGAACAUGGAGACAGCUCGAUUCUUCAGGAAUGAUUUCGAAGAGAACGGUUCCAUGGAAAACGUCGUGCUCUUCAUGAACCUGGCAAACGAUCCCACCAUCGAGCGUAUCGUCACCCCUCGCCUGGCUCUGACGACAGCAGAAUACUUCGCGUACACGCGCGAGCAGCACGUCUUCGUGAUCCUUACUGACAUGAGCUCCUAUGCUGAUGCCCUCCGAGAGGUGUCAGCCGCCCGAGAGGAGGUGCCAGGACGCCGAGGAUAUCCCGGCUACAUGUACACGGACUUGUCCACCAUCUACGAGCGGGCAGGCCGCGUCGAGGGCCGCAACGGUUCGAUUACCCAGUUCCCCAUUUUGACCAUGCCUAACGAUGAUAUCACACACCCGAUUCCCGACCUGACUGGCUACAUUACCGAGGGCCAGGUGUUCGUGGACCGAUCCUUGCACAACAGGCAGAUCUACCCACCCAUCAAUGUGCUCCCGUCGCUGAGCCGGUUGAUGAAGUCCGGAAUCGGAAAGGGCAUGACGCGUGACGACCAUCCCAACGUGUCCGAUCAGCUCUAUGCCAACUAUGCCAUCGGCCAGGACACCCGAGCCAUGAAGGCAGUGGUUGGCGAAGAG